AUGGUCAACUCCUGUUGUGGCUCCGUCUGCUCUGAGCAGGGCUGUGGCCAGGAGAGCUGCUGCCAGCCCAGUUGCUGCCAGCCCCAGUGCUGCCGCCCCACCUGCUGCGUGUCCAGCUGCUGCAGGCCCCAGUGCUGCCAGUCUGUGUGCUGCCAGCCCAUCUGCUGCAGGCCCACCUGCUGUAUCUCCACCUGUUGCAGGCCCCAGUGCUGCCAGCCCACCUGCUGCAGGCCCGCCUGUUGCAUUUCUAGCUGCUGCAGGCCCAGCUGCUGCAUCUCCAGCUGCUGCAGACCCCAGUGCUGCCAGCCUACCUGCUGCCGCCCCAGCUGCUGCAUUUCCAGCUGCUGUAGGCCCCAGUGCUGUCAACCCAGCUGCUGCAGGACCAGCUGCUGUCAGCCCAGCUGUUUUGAGACAACCUGCUGUAGGACCACCUGCUGCCGCCCCAGCUGCUGUGUGUCCAGCUGCUGCAGACCUCAGUGCUGCCAACCCAGCUGCUGUCGUCCAAGCUGCUGCAUUUCCAGCUGCUGCAGGCCCCAGUGCUGCCAGCCCAGCUGCUGCCAGCCCAGCUGUUUUGAGACCACCUGCUGCAGGACCACCUGCUGCCGCCCCAGCUGCUGUGUGUCCAGCUGUUGCCGCCCUGGCUGCUCUAGCACUUCUUGCUGCUGA